CAUCGGAUAAGAAUAUGGGGGGUAGCUUUCUCCGCAGAUCAAAAUAAAAUGAUAAUUUGAUAUUUCUGCUUUCCUUUGAAUAAUACUACCCGUACUUUGACUAUAGCUAUUGUUUGUUCGAUACAAUAUGGAUCUCAGGAGUUUGUUCAACGUCGAGGGCAAAGUGGUGCUGGUCACCGGCGGCGCAAAGGGUAUUGGUCGAAUGAUCUCUGAAGGUUAUGUCGCGAACGGAGCAACCGUCUAUAUCACUUCACGAGAUGCGAAGGCCUGCGACAAAGCCGUGAACGAGCUCAAUGCCUUGGGGAAGGGCAGGGCAUAUGCUAUCCCGGCGGACUUUUACAAGGAGGACGACUGCAAGAGGCUAGUCGAGGAAUUUGCCAAGAGAGAAAGCAAACUGCACGUUCUUGUGAACAAUUCCGGCUCGAACUGGGGCGCCCCCUACGAUGAGUAUCCAUCUUCCGCCUGGACGAGAGUCCUGACGUUGAAUCUCCACCGUGUCUUCCUCGUAACCCAGCUCUUGACGCCUCUCCUGGAGAAAGCAGCCACCCAAGGAGACCCCGCUCGGAUUAUCAACAUCGGCAGCAUCGACGGCCUACGCGUGCCUGCACUUGAGACCUUCGCAUACAGCUCCAGCAAGGCGGGCUUGCAUCACCUGAGUCGAGUGCUGGCAAAUCACCUAGGAAAGAGGAAUAUCACAUCGAAUACACUCGCUUGCGGGCCGUUCCAGAGCAAAAUGAUGGCAGCCACGCUCGACAAAUUCCGCGAUGUCAUCGAGGCGGGAAUCCCACUCGGCCGUAUCGGCACCCCGGAGGAUGUAGCUGGCUCGUGCUUGUUCCUAAGCAGCAGAGCUGGGUCGUAUGUAAACGGCGCGACAAUCACGGUGGACGGCGGUAGCGCCGUCAGUGCUAAAAUCUGAGUAUAGGCUGUGUAACAGUGUGUCCGGCAUAUGCUGGGGAUUCUAGAUCUGACCGGGGGUUUUUUUUUGAUGGCACAUACUCACAAUGGCAGCGAAUUGCCAUGCAUAUUAAUACAGAAAUAUUCAGACCUAAUGAUCGUCCUAUAAAGGUCGAGUAUUACGUGUGUAGUCGGGAGAGGGCCCGACUGGAAGCCACUUCUACCAACGGCAGACUAAACAAUUACCUUUCUUGCGACACCUUUGUCGGUACCCCACGUCGGAUUAUUGCCAAGAAUAGCAGAGCCAGAGAGUCGGAGGAAUCUAGAAGGAUGAUCCCGAUACGUCAGCAUGGCCCCUCAUAUGAUAGUUAGUCAACUAUGUAGUAG